AUGAGCGACAGCCGCGAGGAGCUCCACAGCGCAGAGCACGACAGGAUGGAUGCUGAGGAGGAGGCCGGGACGAAGAGGGCGGCCGUCCGUAGCUACUGGGCGGAGGUGAAGAAGGACGACAAGGCGCUCAGCAGGUUUGCCCUCGGCUACCUGGAGCACAAGAUUUUCUCCUGGACCGUCCAAGAUAUCUUCAACAAGAACCUCCUCAGGCAGCAGAAUUUACUUCAACGGGAACUGAUCAAGCUAUGUGGACAUUCAUCGCAGGUCAAGAGGAUACCGGAUACCUUCACAUCAAAAAUCACUUACUUGAACUCAUUCACAUGCCCUCUCAUUGAAGAAGUACAUGCUGAUGUGUUUUCGGCGUUGGAUGAUUAUGCUCAGUCGAACUUUAUAAAAAUAAUCUGGGUGGAGAAGCUUGAUGACGAGAAAUCAAUAUUCUGUUUUGAGGUUGCUGAGCCAUCAAAGGAUCCGAAGUCAAGGGAGACAUACGAUCCCAAAGGAGGGGACAUAAUAGUUGUUUCCUUGCGGAAACCACAGCAUGUGUCUGAUUUCAUACAAAAUAAGGCAUCUUAUGUUUUAGGUUCAGUUCUAAAAUGUGGAGACAUAGAUGGAGAUUUCCCACCCAAUUGUUGCAUUGUUCGGUUUUCAGCUGCUAUUCCUAUUGAAGUAGAUCCAGAAACAAAAUUACCCGUGGAGCCAUCAUUUGCUGUGUUUCUCAUAAAUAUGAAAACAUACGAUCGGAUCUGGAAGUGCCUUCGUAUGGAAGUAGAACAUCAGAACAGAAGCAGUAGUACUGGCAUCAUCGAUCUGGUGUGGCAAUACAAGCGAAGGGUACUGGAUGAUAGCUUGUCAUGCUCUCAGAUAUCUCAAUACUUCGCUCGUAGAUCAAUUGAUGGUCUUGGCCUUGAGCAGUUCAACCUAAAUGACUCACAGCUGAAUGCAGUAGCAGACUGUGUCUCGGUAAUGGAGAACCACUCGCCUUCCCUAAAACUCAUAUGGGCCCCCCCUGGUAGAGGUAAAACUAAAACGAUCAGCACUAUCCUGUGGGCAAUGCUCAUCAAGGGACUAAAGACACUUACCUGUGCACCAACCAAUACUGCUGUACUGGAAGUCGCAUCACGAGUUGUCAGGCUUGUUGGAGAGGCUCCAGAUGGUAGCCCCUGCUUUCUGAAUAUCGUCCUGUUUGGAAAUAAAGAGAGGAUGAAAAUAGAUGAUAAUCAUGAUCUUUCCAUGGUAUUCCUUGACUUGCGUGCGGAGCGGUUGUUGCCAUGUUUCGUACCACACACUGGUUGGAGGCAAUGCUUGUCUUCACUGAUAGAUCUUCUUGAGAAUCCUGUGACCAAGUACAAGUUGCACAUUCAGGAUAUUGUUGAAAAGAUGAAGAUGGAAAAGGAGAUGCCCAAAAAGGAUGGGGACAAACCCCUCGUGGGCAAGGACAGGAAUUCUUUGCCCUCACGGUAUCCUUUACGGUCCAAUCCCAACUCCAAAGAUCAUCUUGUUGCACCUCUCUCAGUGUUUCGCAAGAUAACCCAUAACAGGCCUGAGGAUGAGAAAGAAGAGUGCCAUAAUGAAGGAUGGCAUGACUCUGACGCUAUGGUGGAAGCAUUAAGAGCACUGCCAUUCAAGGAUUAUUUGAAAGAUAAUUACAACAAACUUUCUAAGGAUUUGUGCUAUUGCAUCGAGAUACUUUAUAAUGAUCAUCCAAGAAAUUCAGAAACAGGACAGAGCUUUCAGUGUAUGUUGGAAGUGCUUGAAUUGAUAAGAAUUCUCCAUGCUUUGAUAAAUUAUGACAGGGAUACUGAUGAUAUAUGCUCAGAUGAACUUCUUGAGGGCAAGGUAGAAGAGGAAUGUAACCCUGUGUCCUGGCCUCAGCAGUUAAACUCUGUGCGGACUAACAGAUGCAAUAAAUCCAGGUUUAAGCUGGCCAGAUCCCUGUGUGUGCAAGAAUUAAGAUACCUUCGCAAAAACUUAGAGCUUCCAAAUUAUUACAGCACGAGGCAAAUUCAACUGUAUCUGCUGCAGAGAACAAAAUGCAUUCUCUGUACAGUUUCCAGCUCUUUCAGGUUGUAUGGUGUGCCCAUGGACAAUUCUACUUCUGAUACUGGCAAAUUGCUCAAGAAGCCUGAAAAGCCAAAUCUUCUGGACCUGCUGAUUGUUGACGAGGCUGCACAGCUCAAAGAGUGUGAGACUUUAAUUCCCUUGCUGCUGCCUGGCAUAAAGCAGGCUGUUUUUAUCGGAGACGAAUAUCAGUUACCUGCUCUGGUGAAAAGCAAAAUAUCUGACAAUGCUAAAUUCGGGCGAAGUGUUUUUGAGAGGUUAAGUAUGCUGGGAUACAGUAAGCACCUUCUCAAUGUGCAAUACAGGAUGCAUCCGAAAAUAAGCAAGUUUCCACUUGUUACAUUUUACGAUGGCAAGAUAUCUGAUGGUCCUAAUGUCACUAGUGAGAGCUAUGAAAAGAGGUUUUUAGCAAGCAAAAUCUUUGGGUCAUACUCAUUCAUAAAUGUAGAUGGGGGACACGAAACAACUGAGAAGCACGGAUAUUCUGAACCACUAGGAGCUUAUCCUUAUCUGACUGCAGGUAUAAUAUUUCUUCUUUUACUUCUCUUAAUUGCAGAGUCAGUCUCUACUGGAAUCAAAAUCUCUGUUGGCGUUGUGUCCCCAUAUAAUGCUCAAGUUAGAGCAAUUCAUGAAAAACUUGGGAAAUCCUACAAUAUGCAUGACGGUUUCUCUGUAAAAGUGAAAUCUGUGGAUGGUUUCCAAGGCGCAGAGGAAGACGUCAUUAUCAUAUCAACAGUGAGGAGCAAUAAAGCUGGUUCUGUUGGAUUUCUCACGAACAUGCAGAGGACCAAUGUGGCUCUGACAAGGGCUAAGCACUGUCUAUGGAUAGUAGGAAACGGGACGACUUUGUCCAACAGCAAGUCUGUUUGGCAGAAGAUAGUCAAGGAUGCGCGUGACCGAGGCUGCUAUUUUGAUGCCAGUGAAGACAAAGAUCUGUCAAACGCGGUAGUCAAGGCCAUCAUCGAGUUUGAUGAUGCGGAGAAUUUAGUGAGAAUGGACUCGCUGCAUAUAAGCAAGCCAAGGUUUCAGCAAUCAAGGCCCAAAUACCGUGCAUGAGAUAUCAGCAACUGAAGAAACCUCCACCUGCGUUAGUUAGUAAGGGAUGGCUGCUGUCGUGAGAUGCCCCGUAUUUUGUUGAACCUAUGUAGUAGUGCUAGAUUGAUGCACGUUUGAACGUAGUCGAUGUUACGCAAGCUCUGCUGUCGGGAAGACUGAAGAUUCUUGUACGUAUCUCCC